AGACGGGUUAUGAUUUUUGUUGAAUUUUAGAUAAGAUAGCCGAUAGAGACCGUCUUCGCAUCGGAGGCCAGUCAAGAUGGGAUUCGAGUAUGAACUGCUCCAACAGCAAGACUCAUCCGAACGCACACAGCCCCCGGCCGGAUCGCGGCGCAAAGGCGGCUCAAAGGGUGGAUCCGCGUCCAGCAGCAAUCUGCGCUUUAGCUUCAUCUGUCUCGUUAUCAGUGCCUCGCUGCUUAUAUUCUUGGCCGGUGCAUACACCGACUCGUUCCAUCCGAUCAUCGAUGGGAUUGCCGGCAAGCUCGGCUACCAUGAGAAAAUCUAUGCUGUCGUGAUAGACGCCGGCUCGACCGGGAGUCGUGUGCUAGCGUUCGAAUUUCACCAUGGUUACCUCGAUGGGCGCUUGGUGCUUGAUUACGAACUGUUCGAGCAAUCGAAACCAGGGCUUUCGGCGUACGCGGAUCGACCGGAUGAAGGUGCAGCUAGCAUUGGGAAAUUGCUUGAUCUUGCCAAAAAAGUUGUACCACACGACAAACUCUCACAGACACCGUUGGUACUAAAAGCGACCGCUGGAUUGCGUUUGCUGAAACCUGCCCAAGCAGAAGCCCUUCUUGCCGCUUGUCGGGAGCUGUUCAAAACGUCCGGAUUCCUGGUAAAUGCCCAGGCAGUCGAAAUUAUGGACGGUACGGACGAGGGUAUCUUCUCCUGGUUUACGGUGAAUUUCCUGCUAGGAAAACUGAACGGUCGUAAUACGGUAGCAGCGCUGGAUCUCGGUGGCGGCAGCACACAGGUCACCUUUGCCCCGAAAGACGUUUCGCAAACACCACUUUACAAAGACUACAUGCACCGAGUGCCCACAUUCACCUCGUACGUUGAGGUGUUUACCAACAGCUAUCUCGGGGCCGGGCUGCACGCGAUACGGCACGCCGUAUUUACGCACCGGGCCGCCGAAAAUCAAACCAAGCUAGUCAGCGAAUGCGUUAAUCCCAUCAUACACGACAAACUGUUCCGCUACGGUACGGGACAGUACUACAUCAGCGGUAAGGAUAAUCCAAAAGCAACGGCCGAAAAUCCGGUCGUCGAUUAUGAGCUGUGUGCGGCGAUUGUGAAGCAGAAGUUGCUGCCAACGCUAAAACCGAAACCGGUCACCUUGAAGCAGCACGAAAUUUCGGCCUUCAGUUACUUCUUCGAUCGUGCCAUUGAGACGGGGCUUGUUGAUCCUAUUCAGGGUGGUGAGACGACGGUGGGUGAGUUUGUAACGAAGUCACGCGAAGUAUGUGCGGAAGCAAACGCUGAUCAACCGUUUAUGUGUGUGGAUUUGGUAUUUAUCUCUACACUGCUUGAAGAGGGGUAUGGAUUGAAGGCCAAAACACCGCUGAAGCUGUACAAAAAGAUAGAUGGCCAUGAAAUCUCGUGGGCCUUGGGAUGCGCGUACAACAUCUUGACGAGUCGCGAAAAUGCGAUGAAACAUAAAAAAUAAGAU